GAUAGAGAUUUAGAAUCUCCUUGUGUACCUAUAGUUAUUUUUUAUUUUACCCUCAUUAAAUUUUGUUUUGUUUCUUUAAAUGGUCUCGUUAUUAAACUCAACUCUUCGCCAAAGUCUUAUCACUGAUCUACGAUACCUCCCUCACAGAAAAGUAUAUAAAUUUAUUCAUUAGCGUACCUAACACUCUAAUUAAGCUGGAGUCAGAAAAAAUCCACAGGAAGAUCAUAUGAACUUCCUGUACCCAAAUUUUACAAUACUAAAAACCCAUCCUGGAGAACCUGCGGGCAGAUCUUCCCGAUCUAAAUCCGAACAAAAGUGGGAAACAAGAAUUAUCAACUCCAGAUUCUUACAGUAUAUUUUUAUAAAUUUAUAUGAAGACCUAAACUGCAGAACUGACGACAUAUUUCUUCUGAGUUUUCUACGAGCAAGAAAAUACGACAGAGAACGAGCAUUGAAACUACUCAAGAGUUAUUAUGCAAUAAGGAAGAAGUAUACACAUGUAUUCAAAGACCUUCGGCCUUCAGCGUUGGAAACAUUUUUACAAAUGGGAAUUUUGUGUACCAAACGAUUAGAAACAGGUCAAGUUAUAGGACUCGGUAGAAUCAGCCAUUGGGAUGCAACUAAAGUGAAACCAAUAGAUGUAGUUAGAUGCGUAUUACUUCAUAUGGACAUGGAACUAAAUGAUCAUCCUAUACAAGUAAACGGUGUUUAUGGAUUGAUAGAUGUUAAAACAUUAUCGUGGAGACAUGUUAUACAAUUUAGUCCAAGAAUACUUUAUGAUAGCAUGCUUUUAUGGAUUCACAUCGUUAAUGUAAACAAGUAUCUUCGUCCCAUUAUUGCAACGGCAUAUCCAUUUCUUCCUUAUAAAUUCAAGCAAAGGAUGCAGCUUUAUCUUAUNGAAGACCUAAACUGCAGAACUGACGACAUAUUUCUUCUGAGUUUUCUACGAGCAAGAAAAUUCGACAGAGAAAGGGCAUUAAAAUUGUUGAAGAAUUAUUACUCGACCAGGAAGAAAUAUCUAAAUGUUUUCAAGAAUCUAAGACCAUCAGCGCUAGAAGAAUUUCUGCAGUUGAAUAUGAUCGCAACUACAAGGUUCGACAAUGACAAGGUUUUGGGUUUUGGAUUAAUUAGCCGUUGUGAUCCAACGAAAUUAAGACUAAUUGAUUUAAUAAGAGGCAUAAUGCUUUCGAAUGAUUUAGAACUAAAUGAUCAUCCAAUCCAAGUAAAUGGAUACACUGUAUUAAUCGAUUUUAAUACUAUAUCUUGGAAACACUUGUUGCAGUUUACUCCAUCAAUGAUACAAUUAUUUCUUUCUUGCCUGCUACAAUCAAUUCCGAUUCGCUAUAAGGCCGUUGUUUUUGCCAACUGCAACACAUAUGUGAGACUACUUUAUGCAAUGUUUUAUCCAUUUCUACCUCAAAAACUAAAAAAGCGGAUUCGUUUGUAUGGUUCAGAUUUAACAGAACUUCACAAAGAAAUCGAUCCAAAAUAUCUUCCUGAAGAAUUUGGUGGCAAAUUACCUACGUUUGAUGCUUCUGAAUUCAAUCAGCGAUUAAGAAACAACGAAGAACUUUUUAUAGAAAAUGAAAAAUAUUUGACUGAAGAAAAGAAUAUUUAAAAAUAUUGAACAUAAAACUGGAAGACUUUGUAACCUACUUGAUGUAAUUAUUAUUUUACUGUAAUG